AUGCAUACUGGUGGAAAGAUGAUCAUCCAAACAACAAAAUCAGAAGACUUCGGGCCUUCACAAAGCUCGUUUCUCUAUUUGAACAUAAUAUUUAUAACCCGCAGGCUCCAGAAAUACCGCACAAUGAAACUUGUUCUCCAUAGUAUAACCACAGAUAUCUUGGAAGAAGAAACCACCGACGAUCUUACAAACCGUGGUUCAGUGUCAUCACAGUCAAAUUUGAUGAUCCCAUUGAAAUACCUUUUCCGAUAUGCCUAG